AACCAUUAAUGCCUCGGUUGAGUCCAAAUUGUAGGUUGCCUUUAACAGCUGCCGCAACCAUGUUCAGCAGAGAAGCUUAUAAUCCUUUAUUUUACAUCCAAAAGGCUACAAAUGCUCACAUUCCUUCGUCUACCGAAUCAUCGAGCUCGUUUUCGGAUGCUUGUAAGUUGUUCGACGAAAUGUAUGACUUAGGUGUAGUUUCAGCCACUUCCAUAAUUGGAACCUUCUCUAAGAAACAGCAACAUAAAGAAGCCAUAUAUUUGUUUACCAGGAUGCUUUCUAACAAUAUUAGACCCACUGAGUUCACGUUUGGGACUGUGAUGCACUCUUCCUCUUUGUUAAAGGACCUCAAUAUCGGGAAGCAACUCCAUGCCUGUACAAUCAAAAUGGGCCUUAAUUCCAAUGUUUUUGUGGGUAGUGCAAGUUUAGAUCUUUAUUCAAAGUUGAGUACAAUAGAGGAGGCAAACAGGGUUUUCGAAGAUACCCGUCAACCCAAUGUUGUAUCUUACACAACUUUGAUAUCUGGAUACUUGAAGAAUGAGAGGUUUGAGGAUGCUUUAUGGCUGUUUAAAGUGAUGCCUGAGAGAAAUGUUGUUUCUUGGAAUGCAAUGAUUUCUGGGUUUAGCCAAACUGGUUUUAAUGAAGAGGCUGUAAAUCUUUUCAUUCAGAUGUUGAGAGAAGGGGUGAUGCCUACUGAACCCACUUUCUCUUGUGUUAUUAUUGCAGCAGCUAAUAUAGCUGCUCUUGGGAAGGGAAAGAGUUUUCAUGCUUAUGCUUUUAAGUCUUUGGGAGAUCAACUUAAUGUGUUUAUAGGCAAUGCUCUUAUUAGUUUCUAUGCCAAAUGUGGAAGUCUGGAUGAUAGUCUCUUGGUUUUCGAUAAACUUCAUGGAAGAAAUGUUGUUUCUUGGAAUGCUUUGAUAUGUGGUUAUGCACAGAACGGAAGGGGGAAGGAAGCCAUUGAAUUAUUCGAAAGGAUGCUAGUAAGUGGCUUUAGGCCUACUGAUGUUACAAUUCUUGGUUUAUUAUGGGCUUGUAAUCAUGCUGGUCUUGUUACUGAGGGUUAUUCAUAUUUCAACAAGGUAUUGGUUUUUGGAAAGCACUGCUUGGAGGCUGCCAAAUUCACUCAAAUAGGGAACUCGGCGAAUUUGCAGCAAGGAAAAUCAAGGCAUUGAUCCCUGGGGAUGUUUCAUCAUAUAUAAUGCUGUCCAAUGCAUAUGC